UUUUUAUAAAUAUAAGUUUACAAAAAAAUAACGUUUUAGGCUGUGUGCUUUUCUAUUUUAAUAAUUCUACGAUAUCAUAAGAAUUCAAACAUAUUUCCGCGAUGUAUUCGUCGACCGAGCAUAACCUCCUCGUCAGCGUCACGUAACAUUCAAAGGCUCCGAUGGUUAGGAAAACGAUGGUGCUAAGCACGGAGUGGGCGCAGGUGGAAGUGGUCGAGCUCACGAACGACGGCAACGGGCUGGGGUUCAAUUUGGUCGGCGGCAGGAGCACGGGCGUGGUGAUCAAGUACGUGCUGCCCGGCGGGAUCGCCGACAAGGACGGGCGGCUGCAGAGCGGCGAUCACGUUCUUCAAGUGGGCUCGGUGAACUUGCGCGGGUUCACGUCCGAGCAAGUCGCGGCGGUUCUGCGACAGACGGGGCCUACGGUGCGCCUCCUAGUGGCGAGGCCCGCGGAUCCGGCCGCCGCGCUGCGAGCUCCGAUUCCGGGAACUGCCCUAGUGCCUACCAAGCUGCUGGCGGAUCCCGACCUUCUCGACCGCCAUCUCAUAGAGGCGGGCUACGGCGCCGUCUACGACUUGUCCCAGUGUUACGGUGAAUACAUUAGUGCCGAGAACGGAGACGUCGAAAACUUAGUAGCGGCAAAUAUUGUGAGUGUAAUUGGUGAAAACCCUCAACAGAUACCGGACCAUCCCAUAGUGUCACCGACUGUGUCCCCCGCUAUAACUAUCUCGGUACCAGUUGAACUGCCUACUCUACCAGAAAUAGAGAUUGUUCACGUUGAUCUCAACAAAAAUGUUUAUGGAUUAGGUAUCACAGUAGCGGGAUAUGUCUGUGAAAAGGAGGAGCUGUCAGGUAUAUUCGUGAAGAGUAUCAUAGAGGGCAGCAGUGCAGAUCAGAGUGGAAAGAUUAGAUUGAACGAUAGAAUUAUUGAAGUGGAUGGUAUUUCUCUAGCCGACAAAAGUAAUCCCCAAGCUGUAGAAAUAUUGAGAAACACUGGUAUAUCGGUUCACUUGGUGCUGGAGAGAUAUUUGCGUGGACCCAAGUUUGAACACCUCCAGCUCGCUAUAUUUAAUGAGGAGAGGCCCGCUUCGCCCUCACCUUCUGCAACCACUCUUACCUGGUUCCCUGUGCCUUCCCAAGCCGAUAACAGUACUGUUGAAAUAGAACCGGAGCCCGAGUCCAACACUACUAUUGACUCUAGUGUUUUGGAGGUUGGUGACCUCGAAGCUGAAAUAUCUGAGCCUUCUCAAGAAGAAUUAGACAGAAGGUUCAAUGAAAUACUUGCUAUAGACAAGGAGGAUAUCAAAAGAAGGUGGGAAGAAGAACUGGGACCUGGCAAAGAAAUACUCAUAGCAGAAGUGAGCAAAUUGUCAGGCUUAGGCAUAAGUCUUGAGGGAACAGUGGACGUGGAGGGUGGCCAGGAAGUAAGACCUCACCACUACAUCAGGUCUGUGCUUCCCGAGGGACCGGUGGGACAACAGGGUACAUUCAUAGCUGGUGACGAGCUGCUCGAAGCUAACGAAUAUAGAUUACACGGUCUCACUCACACUGAAGUUGUGAAUAUUUUGAAGCAGCUACCGAAUCGUGUGAGGUUGGUCUGCGCACGCAGUAGCACCGAGAGCGGCCCCCGACCUGUCAUUAAUUUGUCGCAGGACCGCGAGGGCUUCGAAGCGCGAAAAAUAAUCUCAGGCAGCCUUAAUAACUUAACUACUAUUGUGAAAGCUCAAUCCGAUACCUCAAUCAAUACUUCCAGUACGGCAACACUGACAAACCACUCCGCAAACUCUAAAAAGUCUCGUUCUCUGGAGUGUGUGUCAGGUCUAGCGAUGUGGCAGAGCAAAGAAGAUAUUGUGGAGCUAGUAAAAGGUGACCAGGGGCUCGGGUUCUCGAUUCUCGAUUAUCAGGAUCCGAUUGAUCCCAAUGGCACUGUCAUUGUUGUGAGGAGCUUGGUACCCGGUGGUGUUGCGGAAAAGAGCGGUGACAUAGCGCCGGGAGACAGGGUAAUGUCUGUGAAUGGGGCCAGUAUAAAAAACGCGACAUUGGACCAAGCCGUACAAGCAUUAAAAGGGGCACCAAGAGGAGUGGUCAGAGUGGGUAUAGCCCGACCGCUUCCCAGCAACGACAACAGUAAAUCUAAGAGUACAACUACACUCAACACCAAACCGAGUUAGUUCUCGGCUCCAUCUCACUCACUGUGUUAUAACUAGUCAUAUUUGAAAUCAUAUCUCCUAUACGCUUAUUAAAGCAUUUUUAAAUGCGUUUAGAACGCGCUCAGUGAAAUAUUAGUAUAGUAUCUAAUUUUACACCAGAUUUGUACUAGGUAAAAUAGGUCUCCCUGCUUACAAAACUCAUAGAAAUAUAUAAUAUACAUAUAUUAUAUUAUGAUAGAAACUAACGCUUUACUAGCUAGAUUACAUAUCUUGAGUCACUCAAUGUUUUGUAUUGCACACUACUUUACAAGAACAUCUCAUUACUAAAUACUGUAAGUCGUUGAUACCUUAAUUCUGUUUCUAAUAUAAAAAGUAUAUAUC